AUGACACAACCAACGACCAAGAUCGAGGGAUUGCCAGAGUUAAGUCGUCAUAUUACAACUCACAACCUGGAGGGCAAGGCCAUCUUCCAAACGCCAAAUCCUGACGAUCUAUCCACGUCGGCGUCGACACCGGCACCUCCGAUAUCGACAAUACCGACGUGGACCAACUUUCCCACGGGAGGCUUCGGUCUAGGUUAUGCGACCGAAGCUCUCCAGGCGGAUUUCAAUCAGAAUGCGGAUCUCGCCACAUACUACAAAUACUUGCACCAACACCCGGGGGUAGUGAUUCAGGGCGGGUCGGUAUUCAGGGUGGUUGACAUGGCACCUGGUUCAUCGUCGCCAAUGCACCGCACUGUGUCUCUCGACUACGGCGUCGUGCUGGAGGGCGAAGUCGAGCUGGAGCUGGACUCAGGCGAGAGACGCCGCCUUCCUCGCGGGGACAUUUUCGUCCAGCGGGGCACGGCGCAUCGGUGGCACAAUACCAGUGACCAGCCAGCCAGGCUGUUGGCCGUGCAACUGGACAGCAAGCCCAUUGUCGUUGAUGGAAAGGGAGUUCUGUCUGAGGACUUCAAUGUUCCCGCGGCCGCAUAG